GAUAAAGCUCGACGUGGGUAUCAGGCCCAACCAAAGACCCUCUUUGGGACCAUCCUAAUUGAAUAAAGCAAAACCAAAAUGGCGAAUCUUUUUUAUCGACGGUCGGUAACAAAGACGUCACGAAAAAUUAUUAUCGACCAACUUCAGGGCGUUGAUUCCAAAUAAAAAAAUCGUUGGAAAUUCAAAAUAACUUCUUCGACCUUAUCCAUUGCGUAUUGCAUCUGUUGUGACUGAUUCAUGUGGUACAUAAAUGUAAAUACGAAAGAUUUGCUGGAAGGGAGUGAGAGCUUAAUCAAUCAAUCAAUAUCAAUGGAGAAUCCAGAUGUCAAAAAUCAUGAUUCAGCCAACAGAAACGAUGAGAACAAUCAGAAUGUCGUGAACUCCGAGGAGAAAAAGCAGUGGACAUUAGCUGAUUUUUGCAUGGGGAAGAAAAUUGCUCAGGGGACGUUUGGAAUUAUAUAUUCUGCGAAGGAGAAACAUCAGAAUGUUGUCAUUGCCAUGAAAGUUCUGUUCAAAACUGAUAUUAAGAAGAAGCAGUUGAAGCAACAGGUCCUCAAGGAAAUUGAAAUUCACACACAUCUAAAGCACCCCAACAUCCUGAGAAUGUACGGUUGGUUCCAAGACGAAAAACGUGUCUACAUGGUGAUGGAGCUCGCCGUCUCCGGGGAUUUACUGAAGAGACUGCAGCUGGAGCCCUGCAACAGGUUCACGGAGCCAGUGGCAGCAUCGUACCUGAAUGACUUGACAGAGGCUGUGAAGUACAUUCACAAGAAGAAGAUAAUCCAUCGGGAUGUGAAGCUGCAGAACCUGCUGUUGGGUAAGGACGAUGUCCUGAAAUUAACAGACUUUGGGUGGGCUGUGCACACCCCCACCUGCCAGUCCUUCGGGGAUUGCGGGGAACGUGAGAACAUGGCCCCGGAGAUGCUGCUCAAAAAACCUUAUGAUUAUGCUGUUGAUGUUUGGGGGAUUGGACUUGUUGGCUUCCAGAUGAUAACUGGAGUCUUCCCGUUCACUGGAUGUGAUGCUAAGGAGACUGUGAAGAGAGUUACGAGGGGGGAGGUUGUCUUCCCCGGGGGGAGAAAAUUCAGCGAUGAUGCUCGUGAUUUAAUUUCGAAGCUUCUUGUGGUCAAUCCAAAUGAGAGGCUGACUUUAAAUGAGAUAACAAGUCACAGUUGGAUUUCGAAGAACCACUGAGGACCAUUUUUUCUAGUGUUGCUGCCAAAAAUGUUAUUUAGUGUUUGGUAAGGAAUAAACCCUUUUUUUCUACUCUGUUUGAUAGUAAGUAUUUAAUUCCUCUGGAAGAAACUACAAUAAGAUAGAUAAAUGCAUAAUCACCAUCAAAAGUAUAGUCACUCAAAAUUGUUUCUGUACCGCAUUUAUCAUUAUUUACAACAAUUGAAUUUGAUGUUCUUUAUUAAAUAAUUUAUUGUAAUAUUCACACGUCGAUAGAAAUUAAAAAAUCAAAUGAAACUCUCAAAUUUUCAA